AUGUCUUUUGUUCCAGUCGGCAGUGGACAGCUCUACCAACUUAUCCCGCAACAACCACAAGAACGUUUCCCACAUCCACAAAUGGACCAUUCGUCUAAUUUCAAUAUCUGUCCACCAUCAAUCAACAAUAAUAUCACUACCAACUCCGACGACAAUAAUAAUAAUAAUAUCGUCUUUGUCAAGGUGGAACCAAAUACCAGCGACACGGAUAAAUCAAUCAACAACAUCAACAACAACAACAAUCAAGCCAACUUUGAAAAGCUGAAGAACUUGGGCAUUCCAACCCCAACCUCCGCUACAACCUCCUCUACAACUAUACCAUCCAUAACAUCAAUGGACGAUUCAUUCAAUCAAUUUACUCCGAUCCUCAACAAGAACAUAUACCAUCUACAACAACAUAAUUCCAAGUCAUCAAACAUUUCUCCAACCCCAUAUAACUUCACAACCAACUCUAUGUACAACGCACAACAAGCCAGUCAGGUCGCUCCCGAGACUGGUGCCAGCUCCGAUUCACUCAUCCCAUCACCAUCCCCAUCGAGCCACUCAUUGGAGUCUUCCUCUGGCAAUGUCCUAUCAUCGCCAAUGUCCAAUAAUUCACGAGGAAUUCUCAGCAGCCCAACUGAGUUCAACUCCAACUUCGCCAACAACAAUAUAAUAAGUGCCGAGCCCCAAGUCGGGGCCAAGCCACCCAAACCCAAGCCAAACCGAUCACCGAGCUCAAUUGCCAAGAGGCGAGAGCAACACCGAGAGCACGAGCGACAACGACGUCUGAAGCAGAAGCAGAUGUUACAGACCGCAUCCGAGAUUAGAGAAGAGAAUGCCAACCUGUUGUUAAGGAUGACUCACCUCAAGAAUGAGUUGACGAUACUCCAAAACAAUUACUCCCAGAUUGCAUUCAACUAUGACGAGCUGGUAAAGAAUUACAACGUGAUGGCCACCGAGAAUAAUAACCUAAAGAAGGAGAUUAGCCAAUACAAGUACUUCACUCCAGCCAGUGUUGGAGGGCUACCAGCCAUGACACAACACUCAAUCAACACCAACACUGGUGGUCAGCCAAUGCUACCACAACAACAACUUCAACAUCAACAACAUAUACCACCAAUUCUACAACAACAACAUCAACAACAACAACUUCAACAAACACAACAACAACUUCAACAACAACAACAUCACCAACAACAACAACACAUGUAUCCAAACAUGGCCCCGAUUUCGACAUACGCUGCUCAAUCAAACACUCAGAGCCAUCUCAUUCACCAGCCUUCAAUAAUGAAGAAGGAGGCCGCCCAUCCACAAAUGCCCACCAACUUCAGUAUUGGUGGACAUCAUCAACAACAGAACCCGCACUCUGGAUCUUGA